AUCGUCUCCUCUCCCUUCAAGUCAAGUGUCCAUUGCCAAACAAACCACAGAGUCAGAGCGCGAGAGCCAAACAGAUAACAGAGCGAUGGAACGUGGCGGCGUUGCUGGUGGUGGCGGUGAUGGAGGGCUCAAUCGCAACCGUCGACAUGCAAAGCAACGAGAGGCCGCCGCCGCCAUUUUUGGUGGGCCAGCUGUCUCCGUUGAUUCCGCUCCAAACGUCAGCGGAACCGCCAAAAUCCGCCUUCCCGCCAACAUCAGGUCAGGGGAGAACCCAACUCCCGCCGGCCAGGAACCGCCGCCGCCGCCGCGCCGAUCUCUUCCUUUACUCCGAGAACAAGACCAGUACAUGCCCAUAGCCAAUGUCAUCCGCAUAAUGCGGCGCAUCCUCCCCGCCCACGCCAAAAUCUCCGACGAUGCCAAGGAGACGAUCCAGGAGUGCGUCUCCGAGUACAUCAGCUUCGUCACUGGCGAGGCCAACGAGCGCUGCCAGCGGGAGCAGCGCAAGACUGUCACCGCCGACGACGUCAUCUGGGCCAUGGGGAAGCUCGGAUUCGACAGCUACGUCGAGCCGCUUUCGCUCUUCCUCGCCAGGUACCGCGAGGCAGAGGGCGAUCGGGCAUCUUACCGCGAUCCGAUCAUGCUCAAGCGAAGGUCCCCGGAUUUUGGGAAUAUGAUGUUGCCGUCGCCUCCGCUGCCGCAGCAGCAGCAGCAGAUGGUUUCAUACAUGCAGGCACCUUUCGCGAUGCAGGGCGAUCAUCAUCAGCAGCAGCAGCAAGGGAUGUAUGAUGGCGGCAUGCUGAAUGGGUACUACAGGGAUCCGUUUGGGUCGGGCUCCGGUAGUGGAAGCGGAGAAGACGGUGGGGGAACUUCUCAGAAUGGAAUGUCUGGCUUUGAUCUAUAUGCGCAGUACAAAUAAUGGAGGGAGGGAGGUUAAAGAGAGUCAAGAAAAAGACAUCGUUGAU